CCCGCCACAACUCCCACGCCCGCUCAGAUGCUGCCGCUCGCCCGCCGCCUGCUGCUGCCGCGCGGACGCCGGCUCCUCCACACGGCCCCGCCGGCGGACCCGGGCGUGCUGGCCUGCCGCCUGGCGUCCCGCGCCGUGGUCCGCUUCCGGGGCCCCGAGGCGGCGCGCUUCCUCAACUCGCUCCUCACCAACGACGUCCUCCUCUCCCACGGCUCCCCCGCCUCGUCCCAGCCGCAGAGGUACGCGCCCACGCCCAACGCGCCCGCGCGGGCGCCCCCGCCGCGGUACGCCGCGCUGCUCACGCCGCAGGGCCGGUUCCUCUACGACCUCUUCCUCUACCGCCCCGCCCCGCGCUCCCAGAUGCUCGACCGCACCGGGGCCGCGCCGCAGACCGGGGAGCGGCCCGGCGGGGAGGAGGGUGGGGAGGGGGACGGGGAGGUGCUCGCGGAUGUCGACGCCGCUGAGGUCGACGAGCUGCUCGCCUGCUUCAAGAGAUAUCGGCUAAGAAGCAAGGUUGAGAUAGAUAAUGUAAGUGAGGAGUUUUUGUGCUGGCAAAGAUUUGGAAGUGAUGUCGCACAUUCUGAACCUUCCACUCAAGAACCCGAGGCUCAAUCCAUUGGAUGGGGACAAGGCAGUGACCAUGCUGCUGAGUCAUCUGCACAAGGGAACGGUCAUGGUUGGCAGUGGCUCAAAGAUCCUCGGCUUGACAUUCUUGGCUACAGAGGAAUAUUUCCAGCUGAUACAAUACCACCACUUGUUGAGGCUGACAAAGAAGCAGAUGAACGCCAUUAUUUGCUUUGGCGUAUAGAAAAUGGGGUUGCAGAAGGCUCAACUGAGAUACCAAAAGGUGAAGCAAUCCCACUCGAGUACAAUCUUGCAGGCCUGAAUGCUAUUUCAUUCGACAAGGGGUGCUAUAUUGGUCAGGAGCUGAUCGCACGCACACACCACCGUGGUGUCAUCAGGAAGCGCCUGAUACCCUUGAAGUUUGUAGAUGAAAAUGACAAAGAACUCGAGCAGGCUGUUGCUCCUGGCUCAGAUGUCGUGGACGACGCCUCUGGUAAGAAAGUGGGUACGGUAAGCACCGCUCUCGGCAGCCGUGGGAUGGGUCUGUUGCGGCUCGAAGCAGCACUGAAGGAAAACGCUAUCCUUGCCAUCAGCGACAACAGAGAUGUGAGGGUCAAGGCGAUUAAGCCAGACUGGUGGCCGGCUGAGUGGACAGAGGUCUUAGCACAGCAGAGCGCAGUCGCUUGAUCUUUUAAAUUUCCAGUACCUGACCAAAAAUUCGAGCGAAAUGAAGUAAUGAAGUUCUUCGUAGUUCAUAGAGGCAAAUCUGAAGGAUCUGGGCGCCAAUUCUUUCAUAGAGGCGCUGUGAGUAGGGGUGGAGUUUCAGACAGUUUAGCAAAGGUUACCUGACUGUGGUCUGUGGUCUCUCAGUUUCUGGGCCUAGUUUCUUGGUCUACUGUCUUAUCAAUUUCUGCACCUAGUUUCUUCCUUACUGUACUCCCUUGUGGCAAAUGAUAGAUCAAGAAUAAGCUACUGUGUACAAAUUAUACACUAAAAAUAAGUCUCCUGUUUUAGGGUUUGCCAGUUCCCAAAUGUUUUCUUUCGAACAUC